GAGAGGGAGUGAGAGAGCGCCCCGGGCAAAAGGCGCGCACGACCCGGCCGCCGCUCCGCGCAGCCCCUGCGCGCCUCCCGCGGGGACCUCCACCAGGAAGGACCCCCACCCGAGGAAGGCUGUGGAGACCUGGGCAGUUCUCUCUGAGUCCUAGGCUCCCGCCCCAAUUCAUUCUCCCCCACCCGCCCAGUACCAUCCUGGUCUGCUACGGAACCGUUUCCUGCCCCUAGUAUUAGCCCCGCGCAGGCGGAAAUUGCGCGCGAUGGCGGUGACGAUGCUGCAGGACUGGUGCAGGUGGAUGGGCGUCAGCGCUCGAAGGGGUCUGCUCAUUCUGGGCAUCCCAGAGGACUGCGAUGAAGCCGAACUCCAAGAGUCCCUGGAGGCCGCCCUGUGGCCCAUGGGCCACUUUACUGUGCUCGGCAAAGUGUUCCGGGAGGAGGAUAAUGCCACCGCGGCCCUAGUCGAGCUUGACCGGGAAGUCAACUAUGCGUUGGUCCCCAGGGAAAUCCCCGGCACUGGGGGUCCCUGGAACGUGGUUUUUGUGCCCCGUUGCUCAGGCGAGGAGUUCCUCAGUCGCGUGUUCCACUUCCUGGAGCAACAGGGGCAGACGGUGGAGAGGGUGGCUGGGGCCCUGGGGCUGGGACUGCGCAGGGUGUGCUGGCUCCGAUCGGUCAGUCAGGCAGUCCAGCCCUGGGUGGAGACCAUGCGGUACCAGCGCCUGGGCGUGUUUUCCGGGAGGGAUCAGCCCGCUCUGGGGGAGGAGUCCUUUGAGGCUUGGCUACACCACACUGCCGACAUGCUACAUGUGUGGCAGGGGGUCUCGGAAAGGGAGAAGAGGAGGCGGCUGAUGGAAGGCCUUCGAGGGACGGCCCUGCAGCUCGUGCACGGACUCCUGGCCGAGAACCCUGCCAGGACCGCUCAGGACUGCCUGGCGGCCCUGACCCAGGUGUUUGGAGACAAUGAGUCCCAGGCCACACUCCGGGUGAAGUGUUUAACUGCUCAGCAGCACUCAGGAGAGCGGCUCUCUGCUUUCGUGUUGAGGCUGGAAGUCCUGCUGCAGAAAGCCAUUGAGAAGGGGGCCCUGGCCAGAGCCUCAGCUGACCACGUGCGCCUGAGGCAGGUGCUCACCAGGGCCAACCUCACCGAGCCACUGGAUGAAGCUCUGAGGAAGCUGAGAACGGUUGGGAGGUCUCCAAGUUUCCUAGAGAUGCUGGGGCUUGUUCGGGAGUCUGAGGCAUGGGAGGCCAGUCUAGCCAGGAGUGAGAGAGCCCAGGCGGAGGAAGGGGCUGGCGCCCAGGCCAAUGCCCAGGCUGAUGCCAGAGCCGACGCUAAGGCAGAGGAUGAUAAAGUGGACGAGAAGGAGCAGGAGCAGCAGGAGCGGGAACGGGAGCGGGAGGAGGAGGACAGUGAUGACCGUGAUGCUGUCCCUGCAGGCCUAGGUCAGGCACGACCCUCAGAGGCCCCUGGGGGCCCCACCCCUGCCCAGAUGGGCGCUGCUUCCAGGGCGGGCCCAGGAGGUCCUGGCUAUGAGCCAGAGGGCCUCACCCAGUCAGGAGACCGGGAGGCUGGGGAGCCCCUCGAGGAGGGGCUCAAGCCCAUCCCAGACGAGUCAGGAAACGAGGAUGGGGCUGGGGGACUGGGCCUCCCCAAGUCCUCCUCAGGCAAAUAGGCUCGGAAGGCCCAAGGGCCCCCUCUCCUCUCAGGCAGCCGAGUUCUGGAGGCAGGGGGAGGCCAUGCCAGGGCGCAGCCUCACCCCACAUGAGGAGCAGGGCCGAGGGAAGGGCCCACCCGGCCCAAGCCAAGCCCCCCGGGCACUCCACCACCCCGAAGGGGACCUGAACACUACCAUCAGCCCUUCCAAGUGACCAAGAUGACCAUGCUUGACACCAAAUGGGGCGGGGAGACCUGCCCCCCACCCUCCCAUGGCAGCACCACACCCAGCCCCAGUCCAAUCAGGCACACCCAAUCCCUGCCAACUCAGGCAGCCAGCCUGGGAAGCACCCCUCAGUGGCCGGCCCCAGCCUAGGUGAGGGGCACCUGAAGCCAUCUGCCACCCACGCUGGACUGGAAGAUGUUAGGGACCAUCUCAAGGGUGCCAGCCUCUUGGGCCUCCCAAAACGGGGACCCUUGCCCAAUGACCCCCGGGGCACGUUGCUCCAUGUUCUGGGAAGCCCACCUGUGUCUCUGCAAGCUCCUCAGUGACCCACGUGUCAAGCUAUCCCUCCUCCCCACACCCCCCCCCCACACACACACACACUAGCCAUCAUUCCCAUGCAGAGCCUUGAGGUGUGCAGGAACCUGCCGUGGGCGUCUUGGCCUCCCGGGGCACCCACCUGUCAGCACAGGUGCCAUGAGCUUCAGUGUCCACCAAGGCUCUGCUCGCUCUCCUCCGCUGUUGUGAGCUCAACCUCCGCUUUCUCGGUGUAGAUUUAGGCCGAAUGCUGCUUGUUCUUGUGGAGACGUGUGUGUGUGUGUGUGUGUGUGUGUGUGUGUGUGUGUGUCUGUGUGUUCUUAUCUGAGCAGCUGCCCCCACCCCACCCCGGAGACCCUGAGCCCAGUUCCAGGAGACGGCGGGAAGGAUGGAGGAGGGCACGGCCGGUGCUCACCCCGCGUGACCUCCAGAAGGAAGAACUGGCCCAAGGACGGAGGUGGCCUGCGGCUGUCUCCACAGGAACUGUGCUCUGAUGUGCCGCCUGUUGUCACUUGUGACUCAGUUUCCUUGGCUUGGCCGAGGGUCCCCUGCUGCCUUUUCAGCAUCCUGGGACUGUCCCGUGCCGGCCAUAGGGCAGGACCAGGCCCCAGCAUGUCUGCCAGAGGGGGCGGUGUCCUGGCGUGAGGGGACAUGGUCAGCGUCCAUCAUCCUGGCCAGAGGUUGAUCGUGGCCCUCGGGAAGGGAGACUAUGGCAGGAGGGCCACGGUGGUGGGGGAUGCAGAGGCGCCCCGUUUGGGACCCUGAGAGGAGGGAGGCCGUGACCUAUGGGCUCUACUGACCGUCAGACGUUCCCCUCUCUGUUGUCAUUCCCUUAUCUUCAA